AUGGAGGCCGUCCGCAUCCGCGACGACCUCAGGACCAAGCUUGCCCAGGCAGGCGGCGACCUGUCGGACCCAGCGCUGGCGUCGCACGAGGCGACGUUCCAGCCGGCACUGGCGCUGCCGGACCUGGUGGAGCAGGGCCAUGCGGUGGGCGUGGAGGUGAGGGCAGCGGGGUGGGACAAGGACAUCUUCAGCCUGCAGGAGCUGCUCACGUACGGCGUCAAGGGCACUGCGGCUUACUCCGCGCACGCCUUCGCCGUUGGACAGCACGACCCGCUGAUCGCGGACUUCAUCUACGAGGCCUUCGACUACAUCUCGCGGCCCGCGAGCGAGCAGACGGCGGACGCGCUCCUGGCGAUGUGCUUGAAGUGCGGCGAGGUGAACCUGCGCGCCAUGGAGAUCCUCAACACCGGCCACAAGGGCAACUUCGGCACGCCCGAGCCGUCGGUGGUGCGCACGUCGGCCGUGGCGGGCAAGUGCAUCCUGGUGUCGGGACACGACAUCAAGGACCUGUACGAGCUGCUCAAGGCCACGGAGGGCACGGGCGUCAACGUGUACACGCACGGCGAGCUGCUUCCCGCGCACGGGUACCCCGAACUGAAGCGCUUCAAGCACCUGAUUGGCAACUACGGUGGCGCGUGGCAGCUGCAGAAGCUGGAGUUCGCGAUGUUCCCCGGACCCAUCGUGGUGACAACCAACUGCCUGCUGGAGCCUAAACCCAGCUACGCCGACCGCAUCUACGCGCUCAAUGCCGUGGGGCACAAGAAGGUACGGCACGUGGAGGAGCGGCGGUUUGACCCCAUCAUCAAGCAGGCGCUGGCCAUGGAGGGUUUCACGCACGACGAGCCGAUGCGCAGCACCAUGACGGGGUUCGGGCAUGACGCCGUGCUGCAGGCCGCGGGUACCGUGGUGGAGGGCAUCAAGGACGGCCGCAUCAACCACAUCUUCCUCAUCGGUGGCUGCGAUGGGCUGGAGGGCGAGCGCUCCUACUACAAGAACCUGGCGCUGUCGCUGCCACAGGAGACGGUGGUGUUGACGCUUGGGUGCGGAAAGUAUCGGUUCAUCCACCAGCAGCAGCAGUUUGGCAACAUCACCGGCACAGAGAUCCCUCGCCUGCUGGACGUGGGCCAGUGCAACGAUGCAUACUCCGCCAUCCGCAUCGCUUCUGCGUUGGCCGAGGCAUUCGACACCGAUGUGAACAGUCUGCCCCUCUCCUUGGUCAUCUCGUGGUUCGAGCAGAAGGCUGUAGCUGACAGAGGGGGAGAGACACGGGGGGAGAGACACGGGGGGAAGGACACAGCUCCGUUUACCCCCCAAUAUAUUCUCCUUUGCCUCACCUGCUUCCCCCCAUCCCCCUCCCUGCUUCCCCCCAUCCCCCUCCCUGCUUCCCCCCAUCCCCCUCCCUGCUUCCCCCCAUCCCCUUCCCUGCUUCCCCCCAUCCCCUUCCCUGCUUCCCCCCAUCCCCCUCCCUGCUUCCCCCCAUCCCCCUCCCUGCUUCCCCCCAUCCCCCUCCCUGCUUCCCCCCAUCCCCUUCCCUGCUUCCCCCCAUCCCCUUCCCUGCUUCCCCCCAUCCCCCUCCCUGCUUCCCCCCAUCCCCCUCCCUGCUUCCCCCCAUCCCCCUCCCUGCUUCCCCCCAUCCCCCUCCCUGCUUCCCCCCAUCCCCUUCCCUGCUUCCCCCCAUCCCCCUCCCUGCUUCCCCCCAUCCCCCUCCCUGCUUCCCCCCAUCCCCCUCCCUGCUUCCCCCCAUCCCCUUCCCUGCUUCCCCCCAUCCCCUUCCCUGCUUCCCCCCAUCCCCCUCCCUGCUUCCCCCCAUCCCCCUCCCUGCUUCCCCCCAUCCCCCUCCCUGCUUCCCCCCAUCCCCUUCCCUGCUUCCCCCCACUUUUCGCUUUCUGUUGGUGA